AUGGGCAACAAUAGCACAAAGGAAUCGCGGGGGCCCGACUCGGCAUCCUCUAAUAGACGUCCUGACUCUGCCGGCGGGACCAGUGGGCCAACCUCUCCAACUGGUAGGCAUCACUCACAUCCCUAUUCUUCACGGUCUGGGAGGGGUAGCCGCCCUGACUUAUCCUUUCUAGGGAUCAGUAACCUCAGUAAUGAGGCUCCGGAACGUCGGGAGACGAAACAAGAGAGAGAAGCACGGAGGUUAGAGAAGGAGAGAGUAGCUAGGAUAAAAGAGAGGGAGAGGAGUCUCCAAGAAGAGAAUGUUGAUGGUGGAUACCUAGUGACCCUGGGUGUCUACUCAGGCCCUGAGGAUUUCAAUAAAAGCAUCGUCAGGCAAUUAAUGAUCGAACGACGAAUUGCACCCUUCUUCAGAGGAGUCGAGGAUUUCAGCAAAGAAUGGGCGGAACAUCAAAUAGUCGCCGUCGCAAGAGGUCUUCCACUUCCUCCAGCAGAUGAGAUACCCCCCGAACUCAGAAAUGCCCUUUCUCCCGAAUCUCCGAAUGCCUCAAACCCGAAUAUACAGAAUCUUACGGUUCCUAUAACAUCAAGGUCGCAGUCUGCCGGAUCUGAUACCUCCGCACUCUCUCCUUCGCAUCCUGCAUUCGCCCCCUCUUCUCCAGGUUCACCAGUUGCCUCUUCGCCUCCACAAUCGUCAUCCCCUUUCCGCCCGCGGUCCAAGACCUUGGCCUCCCUCACUACCUCUUCAAAGAACCCAUCACCUGCGGAAAUCACGCCCCGCGAAAUCCAGCUUCCGAAAGAUGCCUUUGUCAAUGGGCAGCCUAUUGAGGUAUUUUUGUAUAAGGAUGCUAUAGAAUGCUCCAUCUGCUUUCUGGACUAUCCGCCAUGGCUCAACAGAACUCGAUGCUGCGAUCAGUCAAUUUGCUCUGAAUGUUUUGUACAGAUUAAAAGACUGGAUCCCCAUCCGCCAGAGCAUGCUGACCCAUCGCAACCAGCACCCAUACCUGCACCUUCCGAGUCGGUCCCUGAACCGGAAACUCUAGUCUCAGAGCCAGCACGUUGUCCAUAUUGUCAGGCACCGAACUUUGGUGUUACAUAUACCCCUCCCCCCUUCCGGCGUGGUGUUGCAUACGCCAACUCCAUUGGUGUAAAUAACCUCUCCUCCGCCAUGUCCUCCUCUUCUUCUCUCGCGUCAACUGGAGCCCCAGCUCAGGCUUUCAACACCCACAAGCGACGGACGACAUCAGUGUCUGCGGAUGCCCCAACCGUAGUAACCAUUGAUAAGAUACGACCGGACUGGGCUACGAAGCUUUCAAGUGCUCGCUCACAUCAGCAACGGCGUUCAGCGGCUGCUACAGCUCUACACACUGCAGCUUAUUUGAUAGGAAAUGGCAACACAGAGAGUCGGGGAUUUGGGUUCACAUCUCGAAGGACUUUUGGUAGACAUCGCGGGGGUGAUAGCCCCGCAGCAAGUGGAUCAGCAACGCCCUCUACAGCAGUUCAGGAUCAAGUUGGACAAGAAGCAUCCGAUGAAGCUUCCCAGUCACGAGCAGGUGGAAGUUCCAGACGCCGAAAUAGGAUGGAAGAUCUGGAAGACAUGAUGAUGAUGGAAGCUAUUAGAUUAAGUCUAGCUGCAGAAGACGAAAGGAAACGCAAAAAUGAUAAGGAGGCUGCAAAAGAGGCGAAGAAGAAGGCCAAGGAAGAGAAGAAGAAAGAGAAGAAAGAGAAGAAAAUAUAUGGGAGUGGACCAAGCUCUGCUAGCGGCAGUACGCUGAGCUUGUCUACACUUGGCCUUGGCAGGAGGAGGGGCAACAGUGGUGCAAGCAAUUUGGCAAGAGAGGUAACCCCUGAGAAUGUGGAGCCAUCAGAUCCGAAAGGCAAAGGUGUUGAUCGAGGUGUCAGCAGCACUGCAACAACUGCGUCCAUGGGUGUUUCGCAGGGUGAGAGCAGUACUAGCCAUAGCUUUCCUGGCGUUCGACUCGUCGAUACAUCGAAUCUCCCGUCCAACGAAUCCUACCAGCCUGUGCCUUCUCCUACUACAGCUCCCGAUAGGCCAUCCCACCUUCGCCAGAUGAGUAAUGCUUCAAGUCCUGCGUCUUCAUUUAUGGAUUCUGUCCCUAAUAGUCUACACAACGGCCAACACCGUGAUGGAUCAUCAUCGACUUUAGAGUCUCCUAAUGCUUCUGGCACCAAUGUUGCCGGCUACUCAGCUGGCACCCCGGAUACUGGCGACGAAUCGGGAGGAGCUGGCAUAGAGCCUAUAUUCAAUUUUACCAGUCUAGCUGCUAUGAUCAGUAGUGAGGACACUAAAAACUCUUCGACCCACAUUGAACAUAUCGAAAGUGGCCCAAGCUCUAGUGACAACGCCAGGGAGAACGCAAGUACAGGGCUUGAAUCGAGUAUCGCUACUUUGAAAGUCGAUAACCCUGCGAAAGAAGGAACUCAAGAGGCGAGGCAAACAACGCUACUACACUCACAAACCGCAACUCCAGUUCAGACACCGACUCCGGAGGUUAUGAUCACGCCUGAAACUCCCUCGGGUACCCACGACGACGACGAUGGCAAGCAGCUCGGUUCGGGGUGGCGAAGUGAUGAAGUGGUCUCGAGUGUAGUCACACAAUAA